AUGGCCGACAGAUUCCCCUCUCUCGAUGACUUCGAUUCGGGCGCACAAACCGAUGUCAAGGAUACCUCGGUGGACCCUUCAACCGAUGACUUCCUAGCCCGCGAGAAGGCUGCUCUUGGCGAUGACGCCGACCAGUUUGCGACGGCGCAAGAUGUGUCAGUCCUCGACGGAUCAGGCGGUGACCUCCUCGGCGAGAACGAGCCUACACAGUCGACGUUUGAGUCCCAGUUCCCCGACCUUGCUGGCCACACCGUCGGCUCUGGCCUCCUCCCCGGCGCCCCCACGAUGACUGGUCCCUCGGUGACGUACAACUCUGGAUUCCAGGCCACCGUCCAAGACGAGGAUGAGCCGGCUGUCAUCAAGGAGUGGCGCGAGCGCCGCAACGCGCAGAUUGAGAAGCGCUCCCAGCAGUUUGCCGCCCAACGCGAAGAGACGAUACAGGAGGCUCAGGCCAACAUCGACGACUUCUACAACAACUACAACAGUAAGAAGGAGAAGGAGAUUGCGAAGACGCGCAAGGAGGCCGAGGAGUUCCUCGCCAACCGGGACGACACCGUCUCAGGCGGCACCAGCUGGGACCGCAUCGCCAAGCUUGUCGACGUCAGCGGAAAGGGUUCCAAGGGCGGAGCUAACGGCUCUGGCAAAGAGCGCUUCCGCGAGCUCCUCAUGAGCCUGCGAAAGGACGAGAAAGCACCUGGCGCGACCGGCUAUUAG